AUGUUCCCUCCUCGCUCCGGCGCGUGCGCGUGCGAGAUCGCGAGCGUGCACACGGAGUUCUUAAUCACCGAGUACACCGACCGCGUCCUCGUCGUCGCGACGCAGAUCGGUAAGCUCGGCACGGUGUAUCACUUGCGCAGGGACGUCCCGGGCGAGUUGUCUCUGCAACGCGCGGACGCGGAUGCGCUCGCGGACGACGAGGGCCUCGCGCGGUGCGAGACGCUGAUCGGUCGAAGAGACGACGCGACGUUGGACGCGUGCGCGCGAAGGAUCGGGGAGGUGCUGUUCGCGAGAGGGCUGGAGAAACCGAUCGUGUGCGCGUUGGGAUUGCGGAGCGGGUGCGGGCUGGAGGCGAAGAGGGCGGUGGCGUCGACGGCGAUCGAGCGGGCGAGCGAGUUGUUGGGGAUCGCGCAGUGA